AUGCCCCGCACCGUCGAAAGCCUCAUCAAAGAGAACGAACGCCUCUCCGAGAGCUCCGAGUGGAACGCGACAGGUUUAGAUGACCAGCGGCGAAGAAAAGACAGGAAACAAUGCUUAGUCGCAGCCUCCAGCUCCCCGGCUUCUGAGGAUAUUAUGCACGAGUCUGCUGAAAAAGCAAUCGUCAGGAACCAGACAUUUGGCAACAGACAAGCUCCGACGAGGAGUUCAGACCGUACCGGGUUCCUCAUCUACAAAGACUCGGAAUCGUGCAAGGGGACCUUCCGAAACACCACCAGAACGUUCUCGUGCCUCAAGUUCCGUUCCGAAUUGUCGAGCGGUAAAUGGCUCAUUUUCACUGACGGUCCUACGUUGCUGAUAAAAGCCCUUAGAGUGUGUAUGGUCCCGAAGGAGACAACGACCUUACGUCGCGUUGGAACCCAGUCAGGAAUCGACUUCAUGUUAUUUACCUGA